UAUGACUCUGUUCGACGAUAAAGCCGUUGGGCUAGGCUGAGAUGAUGGGGCUGAAGGUGAAAGAGUAGGAAAGACUGCAACAAAACCCAUAUGAUCUCCAUAACAGCUAUCCAUACCUGAGCCUUGACUUUCUCCUUCUGGCAUGUUCAGGAGCCUGGAAGGCGUUUUGAGAUGAGUACGGAGGCUCUGUGGAUGCAGGUUCUGGUCCAGGAUCGCGACUAUCGACAUCGCGUCCUGCCGUAUUUGCAAUACGACCUGCAGGAUCACCAUAUCCACAAUCGACACCUGUCCUCAAACCUACCUUUUCUGGCAAUUUGCAGCACCUGCGAUGCUAUUGCCGUCGCAAUAGCUGCUGUCCUUGUAUUACAGCAUCCCAGAAUAGCAACCUCGUGGAAUUUCUACACGACAAAGUACGAGCUGGAGGAGAUGCAGUCGUUCCGCCAAUCAAAGGGCGACUUUGCCUCGGGAAGUGCUGUGCAUCGGGUGUCGUGAGACGGUAUUAUAGGUAUGCUGACCUAUAGUGGAUCGUAUUAUUUCCGACAUACCUAGGCACGUGAUGAAU